AUGAUACCUAUAGUUUCCGAUCAAAAACAAAUACAAGUUAACAGCAGUGAUAUUUUUAAUGAUGAAGAAAGACUGCAAUAUAAAGAUCCAAAACAAGAUUUACCAACUGUAUACGAUAUACAUACUAAAUUCAAAAAGAAUAUAAUACUGCUUAUUGUUACUGGUUUAGGAUUUUUGGCUAAUUUCGAUGAUCUAAUUUAUGUUCCUACAUUACCUGCAGUAGCUAAAGAUCUACAUACAACAGAAACAUUAGGUUUAUUAACAACCAGUGUAUAUGUGCUUGGAAAUUCUUUUGGUGGACUCAUUUGGGGAGUGUUAAGUGAUUGUUAUGGACGUAAAUCAAUCAUGCUACUUGGACUCUGUGGAUUUGCACUAUCUGUGGCUAGUUCCUACUUCUCACCAAAUAUAAGUAUAUUUUUAGUAUCUCGUAUAUUGCAAGGAGCUUUCAUUAGCGUGACAUUAAUUAUUGGUCAAGCAACAAUUGCUGAUAUAUAUCCACCAAAUGAGCGUGGAAGAGCUAUCGCUUUCUUCUAUGCAUUUUAUUUCGCGGCGAUAUUAGUUGGUCCAAUCAUUGGUGGACCAUUGUCUUAUCAUUUUGGUUGGAGAUCUACAUUUGUUGUAGUGGAAAUUCUUACAAUUGUUUUAUUUAUUCUUUAUGUCUUAUUUGUACCUGAAACACAUCAGUAUAUAAUUGUAAGGAAAUACCACGAUACGGGAACAAAGCUACUUGAAUACGACUUACUUGUAAAGCCAAAACUACAAAAUCCAUGUUCAGCAUUAGCAUAUUUAAAGGAGACAACAAUUCUACCAUAUGUCUUUCUUUUAGCGAUAGGAUAUAUGUCAAUGAAUGUUGCACAUAUUUUUUUUCCUAUUCAAUUAUCUAAAGUACCUUAUGACUACAAACCAGACUUAAUUGGUAUGUUAUAUGUUCCAGUAUCGAUUGCAGCGUUUUCAGGAAGUAUUGUCGGUGGUAUAUUAUCUGAUUAUGCAGCAGUUAGGUAUACAACAACAUUAAGAAUUGAUGAAGGACAUGUUGUGCCAGCAUUAUUAUUUUCUAUUCUAACACCUGUUGGUCUAGUCAUAUAUGGAUGGUCAUGUCAGUAUGGUAUGAAUAUAUCAUUACCAGUCAUCGGAAUAGUUAUUUUUACUUUUGGUCAAACAGCUACUCGACCUGGUAUCUAUUCGUUCUAUACAAUUAAAUAUCAACAACAUUCAGCUAAUAUUGUAGCAGCAAAUAACUUUGUACAAUUGUUAUUAACAUCGAUUAUGCUAACAUCUACAGCGAUCAUUGUCGAAUCGAUUGGUAAUGGACUUUAUUUUACAACUAUGGCUGUGGGUAAUAUAUUGGCAACAAUUGUACCAGCGAUGAUUAUUUCAAGAAAAAUUAGAUUAUCAUCUGAUAUUUGUGAAAAAAUGCCUAGUCAAAGUACUCCUUUAAUAAGUACUGAUGCUAGACAAUAUGACGAAUAA